UCCUCUGCGCAGCCGCAGACUCACGCACAGGAAAAGCCAGCUAGUUCUCUCCUUCCCACAGAGGAUAUUAAAUCUCCUUACAAAGCUCUUAGGAGCUCAAAACCACCAGUAAAGCUGUAUAAGCACCGGGUUGACGGGACCGAAGGAAGUGGCGCGUCGUACGGGGAGCUGCCUGCUGACAUCGCCAUGAGCUACAAACCCAUUGCUCCUGCGCCUUCUGGCUCUAACCAUACACCUCCAGGCUCUUCUGUGCCGUCUCCAUCUCUACCCUCAUCUUCAAACUUUCGGCCGGCUUUCAGCGACUUCGGUCCGCCCUCCAUGGGCUUUGUUCAGCCUGUCAAAGUGUCUCAAGGGUCCACCUACAGUGAGCUCCUCUCUGUCAUUGAGGAGAUGAGCCGCGAGAUCAGGCCAACAUACGCAGGGAGUAAGAGCGCCAUGGAGAGGCUAAAGAGAGGUAUAAUCCACGCUCGUGCACUGGUCAGGGAGUGUCUGGCAGAGACGGAGAGAAGCGCCCGCACAUAACCUUUUCAGAAAGACCCCUUCACCUCACUCUGUCCCAGUAGAGCCUGAUCUCUGAAAGGAUUUUUUACCCCCCCCCCAACCACCACUUUUUCUCAAUGGCUUUUUUAUAUGUGCAUUAUAUCCUCCUUGUCUCUCCACUGUUCCUGCAUUCCACCACACACAUUUUGUUCAUUACAACCUUCCAGUGACCUAUGGUGUACACAAAAUGCAGUUCAAGUGAAAAGCUCUGGUUAUUGACCUUAGUCAAAUGAUUGGAAGUGUUGUAAGUGUUCAUUGUUCAAUUACAGUAAUUGACCAAGGAAGUUUUGUUUUCUCCGAUGAUGAAAUCCAUGUUCGAACUGCAUCUGAGCUCAUUUCCUCUUCUUAACACAACCUUACAGACAGUGAAUAUUCUUCUUUCAAACUGUGCAUUUUCACUAUGCCCCAUUUCCAUUCAUCCUGUCUUUGUUUUCAACGUGUUUUGUAGAGUAAACACACACAAGAUGUUUUUUCAACCCUAAGAACUCUUUACAUCUCAAGUCAUUUUGUUUGUAAGACAAUUUUGUAAACCAGAUUUUUGCAGUUCAGUAUGUAUAUCUUAAUUAAAUAAUUAAAACAAAUAAAAUGUGCUGGCUGUUUCAUAUGUGAAA